AUGGCUUCUUCUUCCUCCUCUUCUUCUACGCCUCGCACCUGGAGACACCACGUCUUCACGAGCUUCCACGGCCCCGACGUCCUUAAAGCCUUUCUCGCUCACUUACACAAACAGUUUAACUACAAUGGAAUUUCCAUGUUCGAUGAUCAAGGGGUCGAAAGAAGCCAAACCAUGAAACCUGCUCUCACGCAAGCGAUCAAAGAAUCGAGGAUCUCGAUCGUCGUGCUCUCUAAGAACUAUGCUUCUUCCAGCUGCUGUUUGGAUGAGUUGGUGGAGAUUUUCGAGUGCAAGGAAGAUGAACAAACAGUGAUGACAAUCUUCUAUGGAGUAGAUCCACGUGAUGUGCGGAAACAAACCGGAGAGUUUGGGAAAGUUUUCAAGAAAACUUGUGCUGUUAAAACAGUGGAGCAGAGGCAAAAAUGGAGCCAGGCUUUGAACGCUGCGGGCAACAUUGCCGGAGAACACGUCUUCAACUGGGACAGCGAAGCAAAGAUGAUUGAAAAGAUUGCUAGAGAUGUUUCAAACAAAAUAAAUGUUACACUCUCUAGUGACUUCCAAGACAUGGUGGGGAUUGAAGCACACUUGCAAAAGAUGCAGUCUUUGUUAGAUUUUAAAAAUGAGAGUGAAGCUAUGAUUGUUGGAAUCUAUGGUCCUUUAGGCAUUGGUAAGACUACAAUCGCUAGAGCUUUACAUAGCCGAUUUUCUAGCAGUUUCCCUCUUAGCUAUUUUAUGGAGAAUCUUAGCGGAAUCUAUAAUAGCAAUCGUGAUCUUGACGAUUAUGGAUUAAAGAUGCUAUUAGAAAAGCAGCUUCUUUCAAAUGUUUUAAAGGAAGAUUGUAUAAGGAUAGAAGAUUUAGGUGCUAUACAUCGAGGGCUAUAUGACAAAAAAGUUCUUAUCAUUCUUGAUGAUGUGGACGAUCUGCAGCAACUAAAGGCUUUGGCUAAAAAGACUAAUUGGUUUGGUCCUGGAAGUAGGAUUAUUAUAACCACGGAAGAUAAAGAGCUUUUGGAGAAACAUGGUAUAGAAAUUACAUACCAUGUGGAGUUUCCAAAUGACGAAGAAGCUCGUCAGAUAUUUUGUAGAUAUGCUUUUAACCAGAGCUCUGCACUGGAAGGUUUUGACGAGCUUGUGGAAAGAGUAAGAAAGCUUUGCAGCAACCUCCCGAUGGGUCUCCGUGUCAUGGGCUCAUCUUUACGCAGAAAGAAAGAAGAAGACUGGGAAUAUAUAUUACAUAGGCUAGAGAAUAGCCUUAGUCCAAAGAUGGAGGGAGUGCUUAGGGUCGGAUACAAAACUUUAGACGAGGACGAGAAGUUUCUGUUUCUACUCAUUGCGUUCUUCUUCAACUACGAAACCGAGGAUCAUGUGAUGGCCAUGCUCGCUGACAAUAUCUUGGAUUAUAGACCUGUGUUGAAAGCACUCGCCGAUAAAUCUCUCGUACAAAUAACCACCAAAGGUCAAGUCGUGGUGCACAAGUUACUACAACAAGUGGGUAGAGAAGCGGUUAAAAGCGAAGAGCCUUGGAAGCACCAAUUCUUAACUGAUGCUCAUGAGAUUUGUGAUGUCCUCGAAACUGAAUCUGGUGAUAAAAGUGUGACGGGUAUAUCUUUUGAUACAUCCACAAUCCCAUAUGUGGUGUAUAUAAGCAAAAGUGCCUUUAAGAAAAUGAGUAAUCUUCGGUUUCUCAGCAUUUACCGGACAAAAUCUGGUACAAAAGAUAGAGUUCAUGUACCAGAGGACAUGGAGUUCCCACCUCGGCUAAGGUUAUUACACUGGGAGGCAUACCCUAGGAAGUGUCUUCCUCGUACAUUAAUGCCGGAAUAUCUUGUGGAACUCGAUAUGCGAGACAACAAGCUAGAGAAACUUUGGGAUGGUGUCCAGGCCCUUGCAAACCUGAAGAAGAUGGAUUUGUCCUGGUCCUUGGAUUUGAAGGAACUACCGGAUCUUUCAAAGGCCACAAGUCUGGAGAGAAUGGAACUGAGUUAUUGCGAGAGUUUGGUAGAGCUUCCUUCUUCUAUUGGAGAGCUUCCUAAGCUAAAGUUUUUGAGGAUGGACUUAUGUAGCGAGCUACAGUUUGUUCCGACUCUCUUCAACUCGGCAGCUCUUGCAAAGGCUGACAUGUUGGGUUGCCGGAAGCUGAGAAAAAUUCCAGAUUUUCCCAGGAACAUCACAAGGCUCGUAGUUACAGACACAAUGUUCCAAGAACUGCCUGAGUCAAUUAGCCACUGGUCUCUCCUUCGGUCUCUCUAUAUAUGGGGCAGUGUCAAUCCAUAUCCAAUCCGGACAGAACCACGUCUAGAGGGAAGUGGCGAAGACAUUGAGAGACUUCCAUAUUGGAUCAAAGAUCUGCAUGGGUUGAGAUCCCUAUCCAUAGGUGGCUGUCCAAAACUUACAUCACUGCCAGAGCUCCCUCCUAAGCUCAAAACACUAAAUGUGGACAACUGUGAGUCACUGGAGACACUAAUGCCUUUCUCUUCUGACUCUUGGACUACGUCUGUUCAGUUCGCCAACUGCUUCAGAUUAGGUCGAGAAGCAAGGAGAAUAAUCACCCAGCAAUCAUAUCAAGCAUUCUUACCAGGAAUAACAAUGCAUGCAGAGUUCAAUCACCGAGCUCUUGGAAAUUCCUUGACCAUCCGUUCACGUUUCAGAAGAUUUAGGGUUUGCCUUGUGGUUUCCCCUAAACCGCGGACCAAACUAGGUUUCCAUGGUGUGUUUUGUCGCAUACGCAUAAACGGUCGACCAGCUGACUUUAGCACAAACGGGAUCGGUUUCUCCCAUGUCGGAGCCAAGCAUCUAUAUAUAUUUCCGUAUCAAAUCUUUGGCAAAGACAAAGAAGGAUGGCUUGAAGACAACGAGAUAUCGUUCAAAUUCGUCACCUCAUCACAGGACGUGGACGUCAUUGAGUGUGGCGUACGGAUCUUGACAAGCAAAACCGGAUGGACCUAUGAAUCUUGCAGUUCAGAGCAAGUGUGUGAGGACAACGACCACGAAAGCCUCUCUGAUGGGAGCACUGAGGGGUUUGAUGAGAGCAACGAGUUUGAUGAGCCAAGAGUUAAGUUCUUUGACUGUUUUACUAUUUUUCUUUCUCUAAUUUUUCUUUUCUUGAGUAUUAUCCUCAUGCUAUAG